AUGUCAUGUCAGUUGUGAGGUUGACUAGGAAGAACCUACGGACUAUUCCUGAACUCGAGGAGAGCGUGAAGGAAGUCGAUGUAAGUUGCAACUUCAUUGCCAGUCUAUCGGCGACUUGUCUCGUCGGUCAUCGUUUGCUGACUCACUUAUAUUUGAACUGCAACGAAUUGAGUCGAUUGCCGGAUUUUGGCGAAGUGUCGGGACAACUGGAAGUAUUGCAUCUCAAUAACAACAAGAUCUCGAGCAUAGACAACAUGGAAAGGCUGACAAAGCUAAGAGUGCUUAAUCUACGUGCAAACAGAAUCACAGAACUGGGAGGUCUGUCCAACAACACGAGCAUAGAAUGGUUAUCCGUGUCUGGAAACAUGAUAUCAACAAUACACGUUGACCAGCUCGGCUGUUGUCGCUCUCUUCGUUUCCUUGGCCUCUUUGCCAACCUGUUGGCGUCGUUCGCGAACGUCUGCACUCUACUAACGACGUGUGUCAAUCUGGAAGAGGCAACGGUCGGAAGAAAUCCAUUUUGCGGCGGUUUGUCGCUCGCACGCUCUCCAAUCGACGCACACAUUGCGGCUGUCAACAGGAAAGCGCCCGACGUCACCAAUGACAGAACCGGUUGUUUGGUCGGCGAACAAUCGGCCGACGACUGUAGACGGAAGUUGUUAGCAUUAUGUCCCCGAAUGGCGCGACUCGACAUGCACACGGUGUGACAAAUUCUAAAAAAAAUUUAAUAUCCGACGAUACGAAACUAUGUCAGCUACACACUACUAGAGUACAUAACAACGAGAUUAGCCUCAUAAUGUGUCAACACGUCGAUUUGUAGGCGAUA